AAAGUUUCGAACUUUGGCAGAAAAUUUUCACGUCAUUUUAUACUAAUUUUCCAAUACAAUCCCGCAUUUAUCAGUAUUAAAACUUUAUUUGACAAUAAUGUAUAUAUUGUUAAUGACAUAGAGCAAUUAUGGAUACCUUUAGGGCCACAACCGAAUAGUUUGAUUUAUUGGCUACAGCAAUGUCAAUGUUCAUUUGUGACAAGAAACCUCAUCAUAACUUCUAUGGUUACGAGCUGUUGUUGCUACGGAAACUGCAAGUUGAUCAUGAACUGCUGCUUGAGAUUCAGAAGAAACUCCUUGAUGGAGACUCCUCAGAAAAUUGGCCAUGUGAUGACAUUCCAUGCAGUCUCUGGUACCUUGCAGUCACAUUAGAGAGAAGGAAGGAGAGAUUCGUCACAUUCUUGAAAGAAAAAUUUAGCAAACCACGAACAGUAAAAUUCGGAGAAACACUUUUGAGUAGUUACCUAAGCAGACACCAAUUCACAGAGCUGUUCCUUGAUGGAAUAUUCAAAUAUGGGGAUGAUAACACUCUACCUACAGAGGUAUUCAAGUGCCGUAGUGUCCGUAGUCUGUCUCUGAAAUACAAUUAUUUGGACAGAAUUCCACCAGACAUUGGUCGUAUGGUCAGUCUUGAGUACUUGGCUCUCACAAACAAUAAAUUACAAAAUAAAGCAAUUCCUCAGACACUCAUAUUCUGCUCGAGGCUACAUACUUUACUGCUGGAUAAUAACCUCCUUGAUGCCUUACCUGGUUUCUUGCUACAAAUGCCAUCGCUAAGGACAGUACAUCGCCAUGGCAACCAUAAUUAUUUCAAAUCCACAUUUAUGUGGUAUCACACUGACGUUAAUGAGCGAAUUUUGCCAGUUAGUGGUGUGCAUGAUUAUUCCGCUCCACGAGUCACUCAACCAGAUUCCAUGCAAUUCUGGGCAGCUAAGGCUGUGCUUAGUCUCAAGUUGAACUUCUAUAAAGAUCCUGCUGUAGCUGGUGUCUUGAAAGACUACAUCUCGGAUAUAUACUCUCAGUUUAAUAUCUGUGGAUACUGCCAUUCUGCCAAACGUAACACCCGACCAGGCUAUAAAGUGAUCACAUUCAAGAAUCCCUACCUGGGUAAUACAUGUGUACCUUUCCAACACUGGGCUUGCUCACAAAACUGUUCUCUGGACAUUGAGGUGCCUGCUAGGUUAGAACAGAUCUCUAAAGCCAAAGAUCUGGAUCACGCCUAUGAGAAAUACAUUAAAGUCAUGCAACACACUGCUAGUAAUACUGCUUUAAAACUUCGUUCAAACGAGGCCAAUCACGCUCCUCCUAGAGGGAGCCACUCAAUGAGUAAAACUGGAUGUGGAUGUGCAAUCAUGUAACAGCUGAGUUGAAGAUAUAAUGAAGAUAGUUGAGUUAUUGUCAUAUUGGCGGUAGCUAAUAAGUAACUUAUUGUCAUAUUUGGGAUUAUCAAUGCCAAUGUGGAGUUGAAUAAGUAGUAUUUUAUACAGGACAGUUAUUCACUCUGAUCCAAAUAUUCAUAUGGAAUACUAGGUUGUUGUGGAUUCUUAGUUAAAGUUAAAUAAACCUAUUGUCAACUAAACCAAUUGAACUGAUAGUUAACUUCACGGGGCUCAUUUUUGGUAUGAUCGUAACUU